CUCGAUUCAGAAAUGCCGUGUCGAUCGGCGGCAACGCACGCGAAAUUCGGUUGAACAAAUUCGUUAAAGGGGUAUUUAAAUUUAGCGCAUACUUUUGAAUAUUCUUUUUUUUGCACAAGAAAAACGCAAAAAUAAUGUGUUUUAUUAAGAAAAAAUAAACAAAUGUUUAGUGGUUUCCAAAAUUUAAACACAUGUUAGUGUGGUUGUGUGUUUGCAUAUGUACAUAUGUAUAUAACUUGCUAUACGCGUAUAAUAAUGACCAGUUGGCGGUAGUGCGCGUCUGGAAAUCAACAAAAUUCAUAUUUUUAUUUAACGUGUGUGUGUUUGAAUUUUCGUUUAUAAAAUAAAAUGUUUCGAUGGAAUAUUUGCAAUUUGCUUAAUAUAAUCGAAUUGAUACGUAUGAAGAUCAAAUGAAAUAAUGAUACUUUAGUAUUUAAUUACUAUUAAUCAAAUGUGUAUUAUAUGAGGUAUUAAAGCUUAAUUACACAUACAUAAAUCUCUCAAAAAUUCUAUUCAAGUUUCAUAAAAAUAUUUUUAUAAAAGUAUUAACAAAAGCAGUGCAUAUUUUAUGAUACAAAAAGUGUUUUCUUCGCCUUAAUAAAGUAAAAAAUGACUCUCAUAUUAUAUUGCGAUGAUUUAACACAAGUUCCUCAAAACCUCAAUACGGAUAUAUGCAGUAUUAGCACAUUCAAAUGGCAAUUGAGUAUUGUGGUAAGCGUAUGGUUGUUGGCGAUUGGCAUUUAUGUUUUAAGGAAGUGGAAAUACAGACUACAUCACACAUUAUUGUUAUAUCACAAUUUGCGCGCUGCCACAGCUUUACUGUUAUUUUCAUUAAAUACAAUAGAACUCGCACGUGCUUUAUUGCCAUUAUCUACAGAUAAAUUACAACAACAAGGCACAGAUGAUAAUAACAUAACGGCGGAGAGUACUUAUUUAAUAAUUAGCAGUGAUUUGUUGUGGAAUGCUUUGGCAGCGUUAUGUCUCACCUUAAUACUAAUGUGGUAUCAUCGCGUGGUGGAGGUGAAGAAAUCAACAAACUAUCUCUACUUUACCAGCCUUACUGAGUUAUUUAUAGCCUUCGUGCGCAUUUAUGAGCUUGCCGAGAUCUCAUAUUUUCAAAAUAUCUAUGAAAUGGAGGCUUGUCUUGAGACCUUAUCCGCUUUAUCACUGCUCGGUAUGGCGGCAAUUGAUGGCUUUACUAUCUAUAAAGAGCGUUUUCGCCCCGAUUAUUUAGAGGACUAUGAAAAGAUCGGCUACAAGCAUACAUUGGCAACAUUUUAUUCUAAAGCUUGUUUUUGGUGGCUAACACCUUUGUUAUGGUUUGGCUACAAAGAACCUUUGGAAGUUGAAGAUUUGGGUCAGAUGCGUUUGGAGGAUAGCGCACGUGCGCAUUACGAUCAAUUUUUACUGAUUUACAAAACGGCAAAGGUGAAAAAUGGCGAUCGUCCGCCAUCACUGUGGCUCUGCUACUUGCGCAGCAGCUGGCGCAUGUUUACAUUGGGCGGUCUGUUAAAGCUCUGCGGUGAUUUAUGCGCCUUGAUUGGCCCACUUGCCAUACAGCAAAUUGUGCAAUAUAUCGAAAGCAUGUACAGCACGACUUACGCAUUGCAAUUUAAUAACAACAACAGCAGCAAUAAUAUGAAUGGCACUAUCAAUGACAAUUCAUACGCAACACGAACGGUGAGGGCGGACGUUGUGGGUAACCACAACUAUGAUAGUAGUGAAAUUGUUAGAAAUAGAUCAAUUACGCCAGAGGGAAUUCAAAAUCUCUACAGUGACCACAGAUACAACAAUAGUAAUAGUAGUAGUAGUAGCAGCAGAUUUGGCAAUUUCCAUGACAGUAGUCGUAUUAGACUGCAAGCGGCAGCAACAAAUUGGAUCUCAAAUGCCUUGGCGGCAGCUUUAACCACCACAAAUACAUAUAGCCAGAGUAGUAGUAGUAAUAGUAUCAGCAACAACAAUUACAACAUGCAGCACAUCAACGGCCCGUCAACGACGGCCGCAAUGCUAACUGCGCCCAGUCAGGCGCUGAGUAUUGGCCUCAGCAGUCUCAUCAACACUACCAGCACCAUCACCUCCACCACAAAUGAUAACAAUCAAAUGUUGAAUGCCGGCAUCGAUUACAAUGACGCUGAAGUGCAAAUUUACUAUCCGAAUUGGUUAGAUUUAGUGUCGAACGGUUGGGCAAUCGCCUGGCUGGUGUUGUUGGCCGCUUUGGCGCAGGGCGCAUUCUCACAAGCCUCGACACAUGUACUCAACAUGACAGGCAUACGUAUAAAGACCUCGCUGCAGGGCUUAAUCUAUCGCAAAACAUUACUGCUCAAUUCGAGUGUUGGACAGUCGUCGUCAGCUGCCAACGGCGGUGUUGGGCAGAAUGAAGCGAGUGUUGGAGAUGCUGCUGUCACAAAAGGAAAACAUUUGAAAACGCAAGCUAAUGGAGUUGAUAAUACUGCUGCGGCGGCGGCUGCAGCGGAGGAAGGUAAAGCAGGUGGCAAAGCUGAUGUCGCUGCAGGCAAUGCGCAGGGUAAUGGUGCGAAAGCAACGGAUGCUAGCGGCUUAAGCGAUGUGGGCGCCAUAACCAAUCUGAUGUCGGAGGAUGCGCUGAAUGUGAUGUCGUUCUUCUGGAUAGCGCACUACGUCUGGGCCAUACCACUGAAGAUCGGUGUGGUAAUGUAUUUACUCUAUCUGAAAUUGGGUAUAAGCGCUAUUAUUGGCUCAUUUGUUUGUAUACUGACUAUGACACCACUGCAAUUUCUGAUCGGACGUGCUAUGUCAUUUAAUACGGAUAAAGUUGCGGAAUGUGCCGAUCAACGCCUUAGAAUAAUACACGAUGUCUUAAUGGGUAUCAAAGCGAUCAAAUUUAAUGUUUGGACCGAGUCAUUUGUGCAUCGUAUAGAUGAGAAGCGCAAAAAGGAGUUGAAAUACCUCGGCUGGGAUUCUUUCUACUUUACUUUGAUGACCAUACUCACACACAUCUCCAGCGUGCUCAUUAGCUACGUCACUUUGGCUGCUUAUGUGGCGCUCGAAGGCGACGAGGCUGAAUUCACCGCCAGCCGUUUAUUCUCCGCGCUGGCACUAUUUCAGCAGCUAACAGUGCCACUACUUAUAUUCCCCAUUACGGUGCCCAUUAUUUUAUCGGCUGUUGUGUCCACCGAACGCCUCGAACGUUUCCUCAGCGCACGCGAAAUACACAAACAAUUCGAGGGCAUACGUCACAUGGCGCGUAUUCUAAGCAAAAGUGAUGCUUCACUGGACUACUACGAAGUACAAGGCAAAUCGAUUAACGACUUAACGGUAAGUGAAAGCGGCAGUGGUGAUAGCGGUUUGGGUUUCGCUGGCGACAAAUACCGCGUGCAACGUGAAAAUAAAUUAAAUGAACGCCUAGCGCUGAAGCUGCAUAUACCGGAGAGCCCCGCACCAUUGGCACACUCCGAACCACAAACACCACUCACAACGAACGAUCCAUCAACGGCCGAUAGACACUUACUAACGCCACGUCGUAAUAGUGAAGAGCAUUUGCUUAGCAGUGCGGCCGGUCGUAAGUUGAGUCAACAGCGACGUGACUUAUUGCGCAACAGUCCGUAUGUAGUAAUACGACCGCGCAAGUUUCCUGGCAGCGCGUCAGCGCAGGCGCAUGCACAACUCACGCCAGCACAGCAAUUGGCGCAUAAGCGUAUGGAUUCGUGGAGUCGCGAUUCGUUGGUGCUCAAGUUGCCGGAAGAUAUGGCGGUGUCGGUGCGUGACGCCUGCUUCGCUUGGAAUCCGCAAUAUCCGGAGACGUUGACGUUGCGCAAUGUGACCGUGCCGCGUGGCAAACUCACCAUGGUGUUGGGCAAGAAUGGCAGCGGCAAGACAUCGCUGCUGUCCGCUUUGCUUAUGGAAAUGCCGCUGCUGCGUGGCGAUAUCAUCUGGAAUAAAACUUCAACGAUUGCUUUUGUGCCGCAACAACCCUGGCUAUUGAACGCUAAUAUACGUGAGAAUAUUUUAUUUGGCGAAUCAUUUCGUCCGCGGCGUUAUGAUUUCGUAUUGGAGGCGUGUGCAUUGAAACCGGAUAUUGAGUUGAUGCCGGAUGCGGAUUUUACGGUGAUUGGUGAGCGUGGCAUUAAUUUGUCGGGCGGUCAGCGACAGCGUAUUGCCAUUGCGCGUGCACUCUACUCAUCGGCCAAUGUGGUGAUAAUGGAUGAUCCUUUCUCCUCGCUGGACAAUGAGGUGGCACGUCACAUUUUCGAACAAAGCGUACAGCGUAUGUUGCUCAAGGCAAGGCGCACUGUCAUAUUGGUGACACAACAGUUGCAACUGACACAGCAUGCGGAUUAUCUAAUUGUCAUGAAGAAUGGCCAAUUGCAGGCCACAGGCGGUUAUAAGGAAAUCGAAUUGAAAUAUCCACAUAUUGUUGCCAAAUGGCAAACAAUUAUUGCCAAAGUGAAUGAGCAGACGGACGAAGACGAGUGUAAUAUGGCCGCCGCUGGUAAGACGGCGCGUGAACGUUGGAAAUUAUACCAAAAUGUUACGAAAUUAGGCCUGCAGCGUAGCAAGUCCAGCAAAGUUAUGGGAACAAAAACAAAAGCCAAAGCAAAAGCAACAGCAACAACAAAAGCGAAAGCAAUUCGCAGCGCAUCAUGCGAAAUUGUUUUGAAUAUGGAAGAUGGUGGUGUUGUUGGCGGUGUGGGUGACGCUACUGGCGCUACAAUUGUUGAGUUGCCAGAUCGCGAAGCCAGUUUGCGGACGACGAAUGUUGUCAAUGAUGCCGUUGUUGUUGGCGAUAACAGUGGCAAAGCGCUUGAUGAAGUAGACGCUGUGGAAGAGGAUGAUGAUGAGGACGAGGAUGAGGAGGAAGAGGAUGACGAGGAUGAUGAAGAGGACGAUUUGAUGACAGUGCAACCGCUUCCGUCUAUAAGUCGCUGUCGCAGCGGCAGUGCCUAUAUACACCGUAUAGGCAGUCUUCACGAUACGCCCACCGGCGCCAUACCAGCGCGUAUACCGCUCACGCGUCAACGCUCCAACAAUUAUGGCUCGCGACAUCUUUUCUACGACGCGCCAUUACCCAUCGACGAAUGUCAAAUGGAAGAUGUAAUCUUACGACGGCGACGUCGCUCACAGCGUAUACGCCGAGACUCGGUACAAGAUCACCACCGUCCCUAUUCGCUCAUCUCCACCGGCAGCAGUCGACUGAGCGCGACCAGCACAUCGACCACAGCAUCAGCCGAGAUAAGACGCAGUCUAUUCACCAACAGCAUAGGCAGCAGCGUACCCAGCUAUAUGAGUGGUUUUAGCGGCAACAGUUUGUUGUCCGUUGAUACCGGUUUUGGUGUCGGCGCUGAUUGUAAGCCACGACCGCUCAGUGGCACAAAUUCUAUAAGAAGCAUUACCGAGGAGGGUACCCCAAAUCAAUCUACAUCAUAUUCCAGUUCAGUGCCUUCGAUUGAGUUGAGUACCGUUACUACACCAGAGUUAAGUGAAGAUCAGAAGGAUGCAAUCAUAUCUGAGGAUGACAGUUGGAUUGUUCGUAUCGAAAAUGAGGAAGUCGCGGAUGUCAAUAUCGACUAUAAAACGUUGACCAACAUGACAAAUACACCGUUAAACAGCAAUGAUACGAAGCCGCCACAACGAAGAAACACAAUAAAACGCAGCAGGAGCGGCAUUAAGAGAUCAGCAGGUCGUGGCGCUAACUCCGCUGCCGCCACAGCGUCUGGGUACGAUGCCGAACGAAAAUAUGGCAAAAUACCAGCACAUAUCUAUUUGCUGUAUCUACGUGCGUCCGGUUGGCGAAUGGUGACAAUUUUCUUUUUGACGGCUUUGAUUUGGCAGGGCAUGCGUGUGUAUACGGAUGUCUGGUUGCAACACUGGACCGACGGUAGCACAGGUAAUGGCAGCAUAAACGUUAACGGCAGAGACAGCGGUGACAAUGCUUGGAAACGAGCUGAUAGAAUGACGAUGGCGGCCACGACGCCGCAGGCAUUUAAUCGAUUCGAUACAACUGGCAUGAAUGCAACAACAGCAGCAACAAUAGCAAUACGAGCAGCAGCGGCAUCCUUGCCAGCGGCUGUCAUCAACACGGCUUACAACAACAAUAACAGUCAUGUGUACAACAAUGUUAGCAGCGGCAAUGGUCACGCCGAGGAUGUCACGUAUUAUUUUCACAUUUAUUCGGUGAUUUCGUGCGUUUGCAUUGUAAUGGCGGUGAUAUCGACACCAGCCGGCCAAUUGGCCGGUUGCAAUGCGCGCAGCAAUCUACACGACCAAUUGCUGUUGGCGAUUAUGCGCAAACCGUUGCACUUUUUCCAAGUGACCCCACUUGGUCGACUGAUGAAUCGCUUUGGCAACGAUAUGGCCAUCAUCGAUAAGAAAAUCGCCGCCACAAGCCAACGUCUGCUACAAUUCUCUCUCCUCUGCUUAUGCGCGGUGCUAAUAAAUGUCAGCAUUACACCCUGGUUUAUAUUACUGACAGCGCCGAUUUGCGUCGUCUACUAUGGCAUACAAAAGUUCUACCGUUGCUCGGCCAGAGAAUUACAACGCAUUGAAAAUUCGACAAGCUCGCCGGUGAUCUCGCAUCUAUCGGAGACUAUACAGGGUGUUACAACGAUAAGAGCCUACAAUCAGGAGGCACGAUUUACCGAAAUUCUCUUUAAGCGUUUGGAGGCGAAUACGAUUGCAUUUACGAUAUUGAAUACAAGUAAUCGUUGGUUGGGCAUAUCAUUGGACUUUCUAGGUGGUUUUAUCGUCUUUAUCGCCAUUAUAACCGCACUGGUAGCUGCUACCAUUAGCUGUAGUCGUUACAGUACAAAAUUCCACAAUAUACCUGAAUUGCUAACGCCCACACCAUCACUCGUUGGUUUGGCCAUCAAUUACACACUUCUAAUGCCUAUCUACUUGAAUUGGGUUGUAAAAUUAUUGGCUGAUAUGGAAAUGUAUGUGGGUUCUGUAGAACGUAUAGCUUACUAUGCGGAAAUUGAUCAAAAUGUCGAAACACCGUUGGAUAUAACGUGUGGCGAUGAGACGGCCGGGAAUGCCAAAAAGCUCAAAUCGAAAUCAAGUGGAAAAUAUGGUAAGGAUGCUUCCGUCAACUUUGAAGUGGCGCGUGUGGAGUUCUGUAAGCCGCGAAGCUUGUCGGUGCCAUUGGUUAUGAGUAAUUAUGAACCAGUACCCAUUUCAUGGCCACGGCAAGGCGACAUCAGCUUUGAAAAUGUUAGUUUACGUUAUGAAGGUCAGAGGGAUGAAGUGAUUAAGAAUUUGACAUUGGAAAUACCUUAUGGACAAAGGAUCGGCAUUUGUGGACGCACAGGCAGCGGUAAGUCUUCAUUAGCCAUGUCCCUGUUGGGUGUACUCCAAACGACAGCGGGACGGAUUUGCAUCGAUGAUGUGGACAUUACGAAAAUCCAUCCAGACGAAGUGCGCAUGCGUGUCUCAAUGAUACCACAGGAUGUGCAUGUCUUCAAUUUGAGCAUACGAGAGAACCUCAAUCCAACUUCUUACUAUGCUAUCUCUGAGCUGUGGGAUGCGCUCGAUAAGGUGGGAUUGACGAGUUUUGUCAAUCAGUUGCCCGAUAAUAUUGAUACCAUUGUUGGCGAUGGUGGCGUGCAGUUGAGCGCCGGUCAACGCCAGUUACUCUGCUUGGCGCGCAUUCUCUUACGUGGCUCGGUUUGUUUGAUACUCGACGAAGCGACCAGCUCAUUGGAUAGCGCCGCUGAGCAGGCGCUACUCACAGCGGCACAUAACUCCUUCCGUGGUCGGACGAUUAUAACGAUUGCGCACCGUCUCUCCACAAUACUCGAUUACGAUCGCAUUAUUGUUCUGGAGCAGGGUCGCAUUAUUGAGGAUGACACACCCGCUGCGCUGCAGCAGCGCAAAGAUGGCACUUUCUAUAACCUAUUACACUCGGGGCGUACGGUGGUGGACACUAUUGGCUCUCAAAAUUUAAAUAAUCUUCAGCAGGAGAAGCAAUCAUAAAAUUUUAACUUUUAAAAUUUUAAUUCGUAACGGUAUUUGUAUUUAAAGUGUAAUGUUGGUGUUAAUGGCAUUACCAGCUUAAAGUAAUUUAAGUUUUAAAGUAUUUUCGCCUAAAUCUUUCCGCUUUUCGUGCAUUCUUCGAAAUUGUUUGUAGUUUUAAUGAAGUUUACAAGUGAAUUUCAAAAAUUCACUAUAAAUAAUAGUAUUAUUGUUGUAUUUAAUUUGCGUUAAAGUUAAAGCGCUUUGUCGUAUCAUAAGGGUCUUUGAGAUCCGUCAGAAGUAUCCGGGUAUCACAAAGGACAGUCGAAACUGUCUUAGUGAGAUUCUCUGCAGUUGCGGAGA